AUGAAGCGUAAGAAAGUUAAUUUUCCCCCGCCGCCCCCGCCGCCGGCGGAGGCGGAACACCGUCAUACCAUUCUCCUCCUCCUCUCAGCCGCCGCUGCCGUCCCGUCCGCUCUCCUUCUCCUCAUCCUCGUCCUCUUCCUCUUCUUCCACAUCUCCCGCCGUUCCCGCCGCAGCCGCUCUGCAACACUCCCUUUAUUCUCUUCUCCUUCCUCUUCGCCCACCCUCCUCCGCUUCUCGUUCAGCUCCCUCAGCUCCGCCACCCUCCAUUUUGACCCCUCGCGCUCCCUCGGCCGCGGCGCAACCGCCGCCGUUUUCCGCGGCAUUCUCCCCGAUGGCAAGUCCGUCGCCAUUAAACGCCUCCAAUCAUCCUUCCCUGACCGCCAUUUCCACAACGAACUCAAGGUUCUCGCCGAUUUGCCGCACUCACCCUUCAUCGUCUCUCUCCUCGGAUACUCCCACCGGCGACCCCAUUCUCUUCUUGUAUACGAGUACAUGAGCAAUGGAAGCCUCCAAGAAGCUCUUUUCGGUUCAUCUCGUCCUCUCAUUGAUUGGGACCGCCGGUUUCGAAUCAUCCUCGACGUCGCUCAAGCUCUCGCCUUUCUGCAUCUCCACUGCGAUCCGCCGGUCAUCCAUGGAGAUGUGAAGCCCAGCAAUGUUCUUCUCGGCUCCGAUUUUCAGGCAAAGCUGGCUGAUUUCGGUCUUUCCAGGCGGAAAGCUGACAUUUUUAGCGAAGAACUCAGCUUGAGCCCGCAGGUUGAUCCUUCCCUUCCCUGUUAUUCUCCGAAUCGUGAAAAGAAGGCGACUUUGAUAAAGGAGAAGGAUUUAGCACCAAAUUCUUGCUGUGAUGAGGAUGUUGUAUUUGUGGAGAAAUUCAGUGAGUUGGGAGGGAGUUCUCCAUUUGAUGACGGGAGGAUAGAUUGGUGGUGGAAGCAGGAUGGGACUGAGGAGAUUAGCAGUAGAGAUUAUGUGAGAGAGUGGAUUGGGAACCAGAUCUCUCCUUCAAAGAACCCUGAUUGGGAGGAUGAGAGAAAGAGCUCUCCUGAGUUAAUAAGCUCAACUCAAAUGGAAAAACUUGACCAAACCAGCUUGAACGAAACUGUUCUUAAAGACAAGAAGUUCAGAACUAAUGCUGAAGCCCGAUGCGAGAAGGAGAGGAAGAUGAGAGAAUGGUGGAAAGAAGAGUACUUUGCUGAGAUCAGUAAGAGAAGCAAGAACAGUAAGGGACUGAAGUGGUUCAAAAGCAGCAAAUUUGGAGAAAUGGAUAUGAGCUUCAGGAGUUGGAAGAAGACGAAGAACCAAACAGUUUGUAGUGAGAUAUUGAGCAGUGAUCUAUACAGCAAAGAGCUCAGCAGCACUACAAGCAUGAGAGGAACUGUCUGCUACGUCGCUCCGGAACAUGGAGGUUUCAAUCAAGCUAAUGAAAAGUCUGAUAUAUACAGCUAUGGAGUUCUGAUACUCGUUAUUGUGUCUGGAAGGAGACCUCUACAUGUUCAGGAUUCCGCCAUGAAGCUCGAGAGAGCUAAUCUCAUAAGCUGGUGCAGGCAAUUAGCGCUCGUGGGAGACGUUUUGGAAAUCCUGGAUGAGAAUUUGAAAGAUUCUUGUAACAAAGAUGAGGUUCAUCUUUGUAUAAAUUUAGCACUUUUGUGUUUGCAGAGAGCGCCAGAGUUGAGGCCUGAUAGUGGGGAGAUUGUGAAGAUUUUGAAAGGUGAGAUGGAAGUUCCAGUUGUUCCAUUGGAAGCUUCAAAUUCUCCUAUUAGCAGAUCAAUGAGGAGAAGUAUGCAGGAUUCAGGUUAAUGUUUUGAAUCCUUCUUUUACUUUGGUUAUGUUCUUUAAAACUUUGAUUUUGAUGUCUAUUUUUUAGUUUGAUUUGUUGGGAAUAUGAUUUUAUUGCAUUUGGAAGAGGUUAUGUGAGGAUUUUUAUUCCAUGUUUUAUAUAUGUU